GCAGACUGUUGUAAAACACCGACAACACGCGCGUGCUGCUUACUGCUCAGUGCUUAGUGCUUACACAGUGUUAAAGUAGUUGUUAAAAAUAUUUUGGAAUUAAUUUGUUUUACAGUUUUACCGCUUGAAAAAGUUAAACUAACCGUUAACCGAAGAGUUUUUUAACUCUCGAAUACGUUAUACGCACAUUCUUUCUGAAGGUGUUCGAGCACUUGGGAACUGUCCAAAUUUUAUCAUCGAGGCUCGAACGUUUGGUCGCAUUACAAGGUUUGACGCUAUUACAAAAAUUGCAGAACACAAUGUUCGGGAACCUCCCUACCGUCCUUUUUCUCGGAGUCGUGUUGUCUGCGGCAUCCGUUCGGGCAACUUGCAGUGGCGCCGAAGUGAAAGGCAAAGUGCAGUCCGUGGCGGACUCUACCGUCAGCCAGCACACCACUGUAGUUGCGGAUCUUGAGCUCACCUGCAAAGGCGGAGUGCCCUCGUCGUUUCCUCUGUACGCCGAAUACAACGGAAAACUCUAUGCUGCAGCCCGUAAUGAGGAGAAUCCAAAGAAAUAUAUAUAUCAAAUCAGUAUCAGCGACGAAACCAAGAACUUUGCUUCUUCCGGCAUUGCUAUUAAAGUUUAUGAUGAAGACGGCUAUCAGCUGGUUCGCAAAGGAAAUACCGGUGCUAAAGCCUUGGCCACUUUAGAUCACUCCAUUCGAUAUCCUUACUCGGGCCCUUCCAUUAACAGCGAGUUGUUCGUAGUUCUCACCGGAGCUGCUGCGGUUUAUAUUGCACAUGGAACGCUGUCAAAAAUGUGAUCUUCUCGUUGGGUUUGGUUUUAUUUCCUGUACGACUACUCCCGAUUCAAUUAAAUUCUGUGCAUGUUA